AUCGUGACGUCACCACUUACCUGUGGGCUGGCAGCUGUGCUAGCCCGGGUUAGCUUCAGCCUGCAGGUAGCCGCCAAACAUUGGGCGACUCUCUACAACACCACACUGUAAAGUGUCUCCCACUAGGGCACAACACAGAGGACUUCCCGUAUCUUCCCAUUCAUGUCUCAUUUGGUGAACGCGGCGACAUUUUUCUUCACCAAAGUUGGAAGACUUUCUUUCGUUUUGAGAUCUUAGCGGGGAAUUUUUUUAUUAUUUUCUUUCGACUUCCGCCCUCAAGUCAUUUGGGAUACAAACUAACACAAACAGCUCUCUCUCUUAUGCGGUCUGGGGGGUUCUGAGCCAUGCCUGGCCGCAGCACUGGGCCCCCGCCGGCAUCCCGCCACCACAAACAUCACAGCUCCAGACCGGGGAAGUACAGUGAGGCUCCAGCUAUACUCAGGGAGAGCACAACCAGCAAAGAUUCUUAUGGCCAGCAUCAUCACAACGUCCACUUCCACUACUCGGACACCAAACAAGUUCGCAGAGCACCCCCACGCAACGGCAGCGGAAGGGGCUCAGAGACGAUCGGCUUCAUUCCUGGUUCCGCAGACAACACGCGUACCAGCAGACAUGCCUGUGGCUCCUGUGCGUCUAUGGGCUGGAGCGGCUGCAAGGCUCUUAUCUGCUGCGUCCUGACCUGUGGAUUUUACGGCAGCCGAGAGCCCUGCUUGCCCGCUAACGAGAGCUCCACAGACCAUCCCCCUAAAACAAGUAGUCAGCCCCACCCUCCUAAUGGCAUUGCUGUUACAAACACUACUCAUCUUGAACCCAGCAAGUCCACUAAAUCCUAUAAGGGGCCCACUAGUGACAGUUUCCGCUACCCGGAUGUGCGCAUCGCAGGUCAAACGGUGCAGUAUCCGGCGUCGGCCCCCAAACAGAACCGUAUGUCGGGCCGGGGGGAAAGCCACCGGCCAAUCAGCAACACGAGCCUGUUGUCCCGUGAUGACUACGACUUGGAUGACCUGAGCGACACAGGCACGGAUAUUGACUCACUUAUCACCAAGAAGCUGCUGGAGCUGUACGCCCUGCACCAGAUCGACCAGCUGGCAAAGUGCACGUCUGACUCGUCGUUCUCCCGCAAGACCAACGAGAUCAGCGAGCUCAUAUACAGCAUCGCCCAGGACUACAACCUGGAGGAGCAGGAGGCCGAGUGCAAGCUGGUGCAUGGAGUGAUCCGCAUCAGCACCCGCAAGGGGAAGAAAAACAAGAGUCAUCAUUCUGCAGGACAGCGUCUUAACGGGCGGAAUGACGGCACGCUGCCCGACAGUGGCAACGAGACCAUGACCUUCAUGAGCAGUGACUUCCCAGAGGUGAAGGUGUCGGAGCAGACGUCCUCAGACAAGCUGGCCAGGAAGAUGAGACAUAACAGCGAUAACAGCGGGAGAUCAUAUUCGUCCAGCACUGCCAUGGCAUAUUCCCCCUACCAGCAUGACACAGAGACCGACUCGUCAGGUGCUCCCCUGCUGCUUCUCUAACACGUUACCUCACGUUAGGAUUUAUCCUCUAUGCUUUCUGAGCGCUGGCUGGUCAUUUUAGUGCUGCUACUGUUACAUGCUAUCAUGAUGUCAUUUACUGUACCCCUCCCCACUAUAGACAGAUUUUAUACACAUAUGAGAGAGACUGUUGCUUUUUAUACAAUGUAUUUGUAAAGAGUUUGGAGUUGGCAUUGUCAUGUUGAAAAGAUGUGUGCGUACACUGCAAGCAGGUUUGGCAGUCAGACAGGAGGAUGGUAGAACGUGAAUGUUUAUACAGUGGAGGCGAUUGUGCAGGUUUUGUCAGGGCUCAUUAACUCAGGCCUUUUUAACACCACUGAAUUUAUGUUUUCACUUGAUACUGUAAAGCUUUCUGCUUUUUUAAGCCAUAUUUCCUGCAAGUCAUGUUAUAUAUUAUUAAGUUACUUUCUGGGUUAUUAAACCAAAUGUGAUAUUUGGACACUGUAUUUUUUUAUUCAGCGAUGAGUACUGAUUUGGACAGAAUAGUUACUUCUUGUCUUGUUUGAUGUUAGUUCAAUAAAGCUGUAUAUUUGUA